CCGCCCGGCAGACGCACGUCCUUGCAUCGCGUCCGCGCCCGCCCACGCGGCAAGCGAGAUGUUGCUGUUAUAAGAAAAUAAACAACACGCUGUCAAAAUAAUGUGAUGUGAUAAAAAGUGCUGCUAAAGUGUUAGUGAUGGUGCAAUGAAUUAAGUGUGGGCGAUGUGUCCCCGGACGGUGUCAUGGGGUGUGUGCGCAGCUAUUUUAUUCUACGCUUUAAGACAAGGAACCGGCCAAGCCACAGACGUGGAGGUGAAGCUGGUGGCUCCCAGCUGGGUGGCUCGAGGUGGCUCGGCCACCCUCCGGUGCCUGCAUCAAGUGCCGCCACAGCUGCUCUACAAAGUGGAGUUCCUCCGCUCAGAGGCGAAGCUCCUGCAGUAUGUCAGGGAGAGAGUGCCGCCGUUCACUAACUACACUUUUGCUGGUGGGAAACUGAAUAUGUCGUUAGCAACAGAGAAUUCAAUAACGAUCGACAAUUUAGACCCAACAGCAUCAGGUUUAUAUUGGUGCGAGGUGUCUCUAGAGACCCCAAUCUUCACAGCAGCCUCUCCCCCACACCAACUCACUGUUGUAUAUGCACAAAAACAUCCCCCAAUAAUAACGUUCGCGAAACCCGACGUUGUGGUGGGGGGGAUGUUCCGCGCAAACUGCACUAGCGCGCCGGCUGCGCCCGCGCCGCGACUCACGUGGUACAUCGACAAUGAGAAGGUCCCAGAAGAAUCUGUCCGUUACUUUUCAUACCGUGUAUCGAGCUCCACAAGGACCAAAGGCGGUGGUGGGUACCGCCACAGAAAGCACCAACACCGAUACAUUGCACCAGAAUUCAACUACACUGCCAAGUACUGGGCGCUCGUUAGUGAGACGACCACGCCGCCUCCGUCGAAUCAUAGCAAACACAAUAAGUGCACACUGAAGGAAGCACAAAGCGAAGAGAUGGCCAGGAUCCAAGAAAGACCAAGAGUGCCUCCCGCCAUACCCAUUUCCCUUUGGGUCUCCAUAGCAGAACUCCACGCGCCAGCUCGAGGCCGGCAGCAGCUGACCUGCACAGCCACCAUUCCAGACGAAGUCGGUCCUGGAGAGCGCUUCGCAGAUGUCAAGAAGCAAACUGUCACUGUGGCGGUGAACGAGUUUAGUAUGAAAAAGCCACACUCCGAGACCAGCCAAGCCAGUGGAUCAUCAGCCUUGACGACAUCGUUCUCAUUGGGUCUUCUCUAUUUGGUCUUUUUACUGCGCAACGUUUCAAAAUUCUGACUUCCAGAUUUUAAUUCCCAAUUUGCUGAAAAAUUAAGUUAUUAGUGUGAACGUAUUUUGUGUUCAAUUUAAAGGUUAUGAUUUUAUUCACAUAAGCCUCCUAUUAUUUAGUACAUUAUAUGACCGUUGUUACUACGAUAAACUACUUCACCAAAUAUUUCAACAAAAGAUCAAAUUAUAGUAUUUAAGAUCUCAAUACGCAUCCAAUAUUGUAAGUACCUACUUGUACAGUCGUCAGCAUAUCAGAGUAUACUUUUUACUGCAUUUGAGUUUAGCUUAAUGUGCCUACCACACGAGUAAAUGAAACUAAAAUUAUUUAGGUUAUCUCCUUUUCUUUUAACAUAAUAUACCGCAAGCAAUAACUGUCCUAUCUCAGUCAGUAAGUAAAUAACUUUUAGGUUGUCUUUCCAAACAUGACAGACAAGAGAUCUCAUCUUAAUUUAGCCUACAAAUGGUUCAACAGAACUGCUACCAUAGUAGAGCAACUUACUGUACAGUUAAUUUUGAGUUAUCCAGCUUCUGGUAAACGUUCCACGAACUUACUAUGUUGGCUUGCACGCUCCACGAAAAUUUUAAAGUUUCCUUUCUAAAAAUAUUGCUUUGUGAAAUAAAAUAUAUCAUUUGUAUUCCGACACUGUGCAAGAUCGUCGCGCAUGAAACAAUAUUUAGGUACGUGUUCAUGUUACUACAUCUUAUAUACCAAUACCUCAUUAUUUACGCUUAAAAGGUUUCAUGGUUGUCCCUAGGAUUUUUCUUGGUAUACUUUACAUAUUUUUUUAUUCACAUGCAGUUUUAAAACUUCUAAUACAUGUUUUACUAAACUAGAUAAAGCAAUUGGUAAACUUUACUGUGUUCAUAAAAUAAAUGAUAAUAUGGUUGCAAAAUAUUAGUUAAUACUAAUAUUCAAUAAAGAUAAUCGCACUUUUAAUUUGUUCUUGAGCUUCGAAAGUCAAUUAUCCCGUAUAAUAUCUUCCUAUUCAUUCAGACCUACCUAGAGCAAAAAAUAUAUUAAAACUGUGACGGUUAUAUCAAAGAAAAGAGCUAAAAAAAUAGUACAUUUUCAGCUUACUCGACGAAACUGUAUGACACGAGUGUUUUAAAAAAAAUAUCAUCUACUUAUGUAAGAAAAAUAAUGUUAUUUAUCAUCAGAUUACUAUAAUGUACAGAGCUUUUUUCGUUAACUUUCCUACAGGGUUUGGUCAUUUAGAAAAUUGAGAGCUAACUGCUUUAAUUCUAUUUUAACCUCUUACAUAAUGUAUUUUCCACAAGGGGUGUUUUUUUCCAAGUUUGAUUUUUAUUAAUACCCUACUCUGCUAUAUUUAAGAUGUAAAGAAGUUUGUCUCACUAUUUUCAUAAUUAUUUUAUAAAUUAUUAAAAUAAAAAAACCUAUUCAAACCUAACCUAAAACAUAAAAGAUAUAGUUAUUACAUACAAAAUAUUAACAUAGAAGUAUUUGUUAGGUGUUACAUAGUUGCUGAUUUUAAAGAUGGUUAAUAAUUUAGAGAUUGAAAUUCAUAGUUAUGUCCCUGUGGUAAUGGCAGUCUAAAUGUCGCUUUAUUAUUCUAACAUUUGUUAAUUAUUUUAUUUCGAUAGAUAUGGUAUAAAAUCAACUAAAUCCAAUGAAAAUCGAAAUUAUUUCGUAGACAACCAUUUGGUCGCACGAAAUGGUGUUAACAAUUUAUAUUCUACUGUGUUAAUUUUGGAUCAAUUCAACUGUUUUAAUUAGGUACCUAUUCAUUUAACUGAAAAAUACUGAAAAAAUCCCUUUUUCGUUGUGACGGCAGACACUUCAUUUAAUUUUUUAGUUAUCCGUUUAACUGUUCUUAGAUUUAUUGUUUUUUGUUAUUAAAAACGGAUUUGUUUAAAUUAGAUCAGCUUGGUGAUUCAGAGCCUUAUGAGAAUAUGAUUGCUGUCAAUUCUUCAAUUAGAUUCAAAUCAACUUUUGAGAGUGACAUUUCGUUCGAUUAGAUAAUAUCGAAUGGAUAAGAUCCCUAGCAGGUCUACUUGACGUUACUUAAUUCCCUUUAAACCAAUUCAAAAUCUAUAGAUAAGCACGUUUUCUUGAUAUUAAUUUGGAACUAGAAUGUUAAUAACUGGAUAGACUUUUAAUUUUCUAGGUAAUAAUUAUUAUUGUAGAUAAUAUUGCGUAUUAGAUAUUCUAAAAUUCAUUCCUGUCUUAUGCACAUUUGUAUCAAAUUAUUAUUGCAUGUUAUUAGGUGAUUCGAUAAUGAAGAAAUAUUUUGAGAAUUUAAUUAUUAUCUAUGAAUUUCAGCAAGAUAUUUUCGAUAUAAUUAGUGUUAUGCUGUAAAGCGAAUAUAAACUUAAUUGUAAUUGCCGGAGGGGGUUGUAAGGAAGAAUUUUCAUUUCAACGUAAUACAAAAAAAGAUGAGUGACAUGAAUCUCACUUUGUCAUUAUUUCAUGCAAACAAUAAAACGGGGCAACAACGAAAGUACAUAAAUAAUUUUGACUUCGCAUCCAUGGUAGCCCGUGGGCCUUUCAUAUGAUACUGCGGAAAGACUUGUCUCCACCGAGCUGACCCACGAAGUCCUCUCGCUCACCACAUAGUAAUAAUUUGAUUACAUUGUUGAUUUGAUUACAAUUCCGUUAUUGCUUUCAUUGCAAAAGUUGUUAACAUUCAUUGCUCUGUUCAAGAAAUACCAUUGCAGUUUUGUUACAUAGUUUUUUGAGAUUGACAAUUUCAAAAACUUGUCUGUUGAUUUGAUUGUUCUUCCAACAAUUACGAUGCUUCCCCCGUAAGGUGUUAAAAGUCUUCCUGCAGCUCUUUACACUGACUACUAUAGAAAAUUUAUUUGUUAGGCUAAAAGAUGUGAUAAUUUAAGAAAAAUG